AUGUUUGAGGUACCUACUAGUGGUAUUUUUUCUGAUAAUGGGAAAAAAAAUUCUUCACUUACAGAAAAAAAUAAGUCAGAUUAGAGUUUAGAAUACUUAAAAGCUAAAAUAAAAAGAAUAACUAACAUGGGUGAAGUUUUAAUCGUUUUCAGUAAGUACAUAAACAGUGCUCCAAAUUACCAAAAUGUUCUAUGA